AUGGACCUAAAUUUCUACUCGGAUUUGUCGGACGGCUGCGCUCAAAAUGUCGACUCGGAGUUUUUGGACCCUCAGGCGUACGGCGAAUACCCCGUGGAGAAUAAGUUUGCAGGAGGCGGAGACGGUUACCUGUCCAUCGGCGGGGCGGCUCACCCCUUCCUGUCGGCGGAGCAGACAUUCCACACGCCGAGUCUCGGGGACGAGGUGUUCGAGAUCCCGCCCAUCUCCCUGGACCCGGACCCGGCUCUGAGCAUCGGCGAGGCGGUGUCCCACUACGACUCCGGCGGGCCCUCGUCCGGCCGGAGCCUCGUGAGCAGCCUGGUGGUGGGGGCCGGGGACCCGUCCUUUGCGGCCGCCUUCGUGAACUCCGGCCCCCAGGGGCUGGAGCAGCUCAGCCUGGGGGCCAUGCCCCAGGCGGGAGGGGGGGCCCUCCUCAGCUCCUCUGCCCUGGAGCUGGGCAGCGCCGGCGUUUCGCACUUCAGCACCUCCUCCCCCAUGACCAUCGACGUCCAGCUGGGCGACAUGGCCCACGGCCUCCUGGGGAGCGCCCAGCUCAGCACCAUCAACCCGGCGGAGCUGGCUCUGGGGCUGGGCGGCGGGGGCCUGGCGCCCCGCCCGGAGGCGCCCGAGCAGCCGCUGUCGGCCACGCCGUCGCCCGCCGGCUCGCUGCAGGACGAGGACGUGGACGACUUCAAGAGAAGUGUGCUGGUAGACAGCCCCCUGUCUCUCUCCUCCCCUUCCUCGGCCGUCCUCUCCCACAUAUCCUCCCACGCUGCACCUCGAACCGUCUCCCUGGCUACGGCCAGGAGGGGCGGGGGAAAGCCUGCUACAUUAGUGACUCCCACCGAGGCGGCGGGGGCAAAGAAAGGAAGAAAGAAGAAGGAUCCCAAUGAGCCCCAGAAGCCGGUGUCGGCCUACGCGCUGUUCUUCCGAGACACCCAGGCGGCCAUUAAGGGCCAGAACCCCAACGCCUCCUUCGGGGAGGUGUCCAAGAUCGUGGCGUCCAUGUGGGACAGCCUGGCCGAGGAUCAGAAGCAGGUGUACAAGAGGAAGACGGAGGCAGCCAAACGGGAAUAUCUGAAAGCGCUCGCAGCCUACAAAGCCAACCAGCUGUCCCAGCCCGCGUGCGAGGAGAUGGACGCCGCCCCCUCGCCGCCUCCGGCCGCGGUGACCCCGGCCCCCGCCGCCGGUCACCUGCCCCCCCGCCCGGCGCCGGCCAGCAGCCGGCCGGAGGAGAACACCAUCACCAACAUCUGCGCCUCCAACAUCAUCCUGGACGUCCCGGAGAUGAUCACGCGCUCCCACACGGGCGCCGGCCGGGCGCCCCCCCCCGGCGCCGCCCCGGCCCAGACCAUCACCAAGAUCAUCAUCCCCAAGCACAUGCUGCAGGCGGGGGGGCAGGUGGUGACGGUGCUGCCCGGGGGGGUCCACGCCCUGCAGUCGGCCCUGCUGGUGUCGUCCCGCCAGCCGCCCCCCCUGCAGCAGAUGCAGGGCGCCCCGCCCCCCCCGCCGCGGCUCCAGCAGAUGGCGCCGGCCCCGCCGCCCCUGCAGGCCAAACCCCGCGAGGGGGGCGGGGCGCCGGGCCACCCGCCGCCGCAGGCCGCCGCCGCCACCGCCACACCCCCGCCCCCCCUCCAGAUAAAGAUAGUCCCCGCCCCCAUUCAGGACAAAAAGGCGGCGCCCACCAUCAUGGUGGCCGCCCAGCCGGCGGCGGCCUAUCAGGAGGAGGACGAGGUCACCGAGGUGCUGCAUUCAGAGGAGGAGGAGAUGGAGGUGAACGGGCUGGGCGGCGGCGGGGGGGGGGAGCGUGUGCGUGAGGGCGGGCUGCAACAACCCGGCGGUGGACAGCCAAGACUGGGACAAAGAGUACUGCAGCAACGAGUGCGUGGCCACUCACUGCCGGGACGUGUUCCAGGCCUGGUGCUCCAUCAGGAAUCAGAGCCUGGGAACGGUCAAGUGAGGAGCCGCUGA